AGAUGUCAUGCGUCUUCUUCGUCCAUUAAUGGUAAACUCUCUCUCUCUCUAGACUAGAUAGUUCCUUAACAGUCAGACUCCUCUCUCUCUCUCUCUCUCUCUCUCUCUCCUCUUUACUAGCCCUCACAGCGGCCCAUCCAACCUUUUUCCUCUCCACUAUCACUUCUGCUUUCUCUCUCUCUCUCUCUCUCUCUCUCUCUCUCUCUCUCACACACACACACACACACUCCCCAACACACACACACAUUUCCAAUUCUGGGUUUCUCAACGGCAAAUCAAAAGCUCAGAUGGCGGAUGCAACCAAGCAAGCAUCCAUCAAUGGAGGAAGCCUGCUUUCGGAACUCAAGACCCUCUUCUCUCUCCUCAAGAACAAAAAAACCAAGUCUUUGGCUUUUUUUUUCAUCUCUGCUUUCAUUGCUUUCACUGUCUUUUUAGCCUUCAACCCUUCUUCAAACUCGUCCUCCCCAUGGUUCAACAACAUCUUUUCCACUUUUACUUAUACUAGCACAAAUGCAUCUUCAAUUUCGACAUUUUCUCCUGAUAAAUCGAAUAGAUCUCAUUUCCCAACAAUUUUAUCUUAUUUCUUCCCCAAUUCCUCCCAACAAACACCCAGUUUUGCUCCUAAUCCAUCACCAACUAAACCUAGUUCCAGAUCUCAAAAUCCCACAUUUCAAUCUCCUACUCUGAAUAAUCCAAAAAAUCAGACUCACAGCAACAAAUUGCAUGAUAAAGUUGAAGUCUUCAGCCCAAAUCAGAGCACAAUUGGGGCUCCAAACUCUACACUAUCAACAAAUUAUUCUUCAAAUCCAGUGCCAAAUCCGUCUUCUGAGAGGAAAAAUAUUAGUGGGUCUGACAAGGAAAGAGUUACAAAGAAGGGUGUGACUCAAAAAGAAGAUAAAGCUGAAGUCUUUAAGCCAAAUCAGAGCACAAUUGGGCUUCCAAAGUCUCCUGUUGCAGCAAACCAAUCUUCGAAUUCGGCACCGAAAUCGAAAUCUUCUCCUGAGAGGGAAAAUAACACUGGGAAUGAAGAGAAAAGAGUUGCACAAAAAGGUGCCGGGUCGAAUUUCAGUUCUUCGAUUGCGAAGAAGAAACAGAGUAAUGGGACUAAUAAUUCAGAUGGGUUGGUGAAACAGAGGAGUGAGAAUUUGGUGGGUUGUGAUUUAUUUGAUGGAGAAUGGGUGAAAGAUGAAUCAUAUCCGCUGUAUAAACCGGGAUCAUGUUCGUUGAUUGAUGAGCAAUUCAAUUGUUUUGUUAAUGGUAGGCCUGAUAAUGGUUAUCUUAAACUCAAAUGGAAGCCUAAGGGUUGCAGUCUUCCAAGAUUGAACGGCAGUCACAUGUUGGAAUUGCUAAGAGGAAAGAGGUUGGUUUUUGUUGGGGAUUCUCUCAAUAGGAAUAUGUGGGAAUCGCUAGUUUGCAUUCUUAGGAACUCUGUGAAAGAUCAAAGCAAGGUUUAUGAAGCAUCUGGAAGGCACCAUUUUCGAACCGAAGCAUCUUAUUCCUUUGUAUUCAAAGAUUAUGAUUGCACUGUGGAGUUCUUUGUAUCGCCUUUCUUAGUUCAAGAAUGGGAGAUGCCAGAUAAGAAUGGAUCGAAAAAGGAAACCCUUCGGCUUGAUAGAAUCGGGAUAUCAGCAGAUCAAUAUAAAACCGCGGACAUCAUAAUCUUCAACACGGGACACUGGUGGACUCAUGAAAAGACUUCCAAAGGCAAAGACUAUUAUCAAGAGGGUACCCAUGUUUACGGUGAGUUGAAUGUUGUUGAGGCAUUUCGGAAAGCUUUAACAACUUGGGCGAGAUGGGUCGAUGCAAAUAUAAGUCCGAUGAAGAGCCAUGUUUUAUUCAGAGGUUAUUCAGCCUCGCACUUCAGUGGUGGACAAUGGAAUUCUGGCGGUCAGUGUGACAGUGAAACCGAGCCCAUUAGAAACGAUACCUUUCUAAGGCCAUAUCCGCCGAAGAUGGCAGUGCUGGAAUCAGUGUUGAAAGGGAUGAAAACCCGCGUUUCAUAUUUGAACAUAACCAGAAUUACGGAUUAUCGCAAAGACGGUCACCCAUCGAUCUAUCGGAAGCAGAGUUUCUCCGAAGAGGAAAGAAGAUCGCCGUUGAGUUUCCAGGACUGCAGCCAUUGGUGCCUACCCGGAGUGCCAGAUGCAUGGAAUGAGCUUCUUUACGCAGAGCUUUUGAGAAAAAAAAACCAGAGGCAAAAACAACACAAGAUGCCAUAGGUAAAAAGAAAAAUAAACACCUGAAGAAUAUGUUAUUGAGUUGACCAGUACAUAGAUAUCUGCAUAUUAUAAGUUCUUCUCUUGUUUUUCAAACUAGAGAUGCAACACAAUCUACCUGGAGAAGACCCAAUGUGGAAUGUUCUUGAAGUUUUAAAUUACGGGAGCGCAAGUAGCAUAAGCGAGAUCGGAGAGAGGAAAGAUGUGGAAAGAGUUUCAUACAGACAGAAUUAUUAUUGUAUAAAACCCAUACAGAAUGAUGCAAGCGAUGCGUUUUCGAAAUAACGAAUGAUUUGAAAUAAAAGGAGCAUUGAAGGUUACAUCAUUCGUUAUUCAAAUUUUCUGUGCAAAAAUUCUGUUUGUCUGGCAUUACCGAAAGAGAGGACAGGUGGGAGGAUUUUUUAUUAAUCCAUAGAUUUCUUUAAGGGCAUGAAGAUUGUAAAUAAUAGUAAUGUAUUACGUACAUGGUUUUAAUAUAUCUCAACAAUAAAAUAAAGGUUAAUCA